CUCUUUUCCGCGCGCCCAGGCCUGCGCCAGCGCCGCCCCCAGCCCCGAGCGCAGGGUCCGGGGGUCUGCGGGCGGGCGCAGAAAGCGGUAGAAUUUUGUUUUUCAGGGGCCUCCAUUUCCUCCCACCCCUUUCCUCCCGAACGAAGCCGUGGCUUUCUGGAUGAGCAGGAGAGGGCGUUGUGGCUGGCCAGGGAAGGAGUCUGGUCCCUGCAGAGAAUCCGCCUGAAGAAGGACACCUGGGAGACCGGGCUGGAAGGAUGAGGAGGUGCCGCCGGGGACUUCCGCCGCAGCAGGAGGGAUUUGAGUUAGACGCUGGGAAGGAGUUCCAGGCUGUGAGCUCAGUUUGUAAAGGUCUUCAGCCCAAGGACGGUGACUUCUGCCCCAAAGCCUCAAGAUAGCAGCCUGCUCAGACGCAUCCAUCUUGGGUCCUCUCCAAGAGGACCUGGCCACCGAAGGGUCGUCUUCUGCUGCUGACCCCCAUCAAAUCCCAUCAUGCCCACAGCCCUGUGCCCCCGAGUCUUGGCUCCGAAGGAAAGUGAGGAGCCCAGGAAAAUGAGGAGCCCACCUGGAGAGAAACCUAGCCCCCAAGGAGAGCUCCCCAGUCCAGAGUCCUCCCGCCGCCUGUUCCGUCGCUUCCGCUACCAGGAGGCGGCAGGUCCCCAAGAGGCCCUGCACCGCCUCUGGGACCUUUGCCGGGGCUGGCUGCGGCCUGAGAGGCACACCAAGGAGCAGAUCCUGGAGCUGCUGGUGCUGGAGCAGUUCCUGGCCAUCCUGCCCCGGGAGAUCCAGAGCUGGGUGCGGGCCCAGGAGCCCGAGAAUGGCGAGCAGGCUGUGGCCGCAGUAGAGACAAUGGAGCAGGAACCGGGCAGACCCUGGCAGUGGCUCAAGCACUCUGAAGACCCUGUGGUGAUCGAUGAUGGGGAUGGCCAUCUGGACCAGGAGCAGGACCGACUGCCCACAGAGCCCCAGGGUGACCUUGCAAAGAACCAGGAUGCCCAGCCCAUGACCCUGGCAGAAGGCGCUGGGCUCCCAAGCCGUCAGCCAGGGCAGCUCAGCGAGGACCCAGUUUCGCAAGACCCUGCCCUUCUUCAGGAAGAGAGUUUGAGGGACACACAGCAGGUGACCACCUUCCAGCUGCCUCUGAACCGGGUUUCUCCAUUCAAGGACAUGAUCUUCUGCUUCUCUGAAGAGGACUGGUCUCUUCUAGACCCAGCUCAGACUGGCUUCUACGGAGAAUUCAUCAUAGGGGAGGAUUGUGGGGUCUCGCUGCCUCCAAGCGAGCCAGGCAUCCAGCCAGAUCUCUCCCAGGGAGAGCAGAAUGAGCCGCGGAUUACAGAGCUGCAGGACCUCCAAGGAAAAAACAUGCCCCAAGUCUCCUACCUGGACUUUCAGAGUCUCCAGCCAUUCCAGAUGGAAGAAAGAAGAAAAAAUGAGAUACAGGUGCCAGAAUUCCAGACCUGCCAGCAGGUGGCUCUUUCUCAAAGCACCUACCCAGGUGGCAGCGUGCUAUCCCCAGAGAACGGCCUCAACGAGGAGGUGUCCAUCGAGAUCGUCUUGUCCAGCUCGGGGGACGAGGACUCUCAGCACAGCCCAUACUGCCCUGACGAGCCGAGGGCUUCCACGGAGAAGCAGCAUGUCCUCCCCACCACCCAUAGGAGCAGCUCCGUGGGCUUCACGGAUGUGGGUGGCGAGGUCCAGGCUUCCUCCAAGAAGUCCUACGUCUGCCCCAAUUGUGGGAAGAUCUUCCGCUGGAGGGUGAACUUCAUCAGGCACCUGCGGAGUCGCAAGGAGCAGGAGCGGCCGCACGCAUGCUCAGUCUGCGGGGAGGUGUUCAGCGAUAGCGAGGACCUGGAUGGGCACCUGGAGACCCACGAGACCCAGAAGCCUUACACGUGCAGUGCCUGUGGGAAGAGCUUCCGCCUCAACUCCCACCUGGUCUCCCACAUGCGGAUACACCUGCAGCCAGACAGACUGGAGCCCACGGAGGAGAAAGAGCCAGGACCGUCAGAACACAAGGGCAGCAGCCCCAACUCCCUGCUGGAGAAGAGCAAGGGCAAGUUGAGGUUCAAGUGCUGUGACUGCGGGAGGGUUUUCCAGCGACAUGACCUCCUGGCCCGGCACAAGAGCAACACGCACACAAAGGAUAAGGCCGGCACCUUUCAGUGUCGGUACUGCGUCAAAAGUUUCCUGCAGAAUUACGACCUCAUCCGCCAUGAGCGGCUGCACAUGAAGCGGCGCUCUAAGCAGGCUUUGAACUCCUACUGACUCCUCCCUCUGGUUCUGCCAUCGGUGCAUCCCCCUCCUGUGCCCCAGCCCUGGGCAGCACAUCUGGCUCACUCACAUUGGUACUGACUUAGUCCCCCCACCCCCACGACACAGCUCCCCAAGGAUGGAGACCACCCACCCUCGUGCCCUUUGCUCUCAGGUAGCAUCCACCUUUUGCCUGAUGCAGUCCCCCAAGUAAUGAGAGAGUAGCCAGUUGAGUAUUUGUUCUGCCCUUUGUGCCAAAAAUCAGGGAGGGCAUGUCACCACCAGCUUUGCUGACUCUCAACUGGAUCAGCCCAGUGUUAACUAUGUCUUACAGACCGCUCCAAGUACUCAGAGCUAGUGGAGCGGACUGGGCAGGCCCCCAUCACAGUGACCUCCCUGGGUGUCUGUCCUUUGCCAACCAACUCUUGAUACACUACCUCCUACCCUCCCUUGUCUGAGUCCCUCAGGUCAUGAGGUUCUGAGGGUGGCUACACUUUCUAUUUGACAGUGAGAAGUUGCCUCCUGGGUGGUGGGUUAGAAGGAAGGCAGUAAUUAAUGCAGAAUGGAGACCUGUGGGAGAGCGGGGCAAGCUAAACCAUGCAGUGUCAUCUGAAGUCUGAGCUCCAGGUCACAGUCGAUCCUUUUGUGUUGGUAUGCAUUGUCCCACACAAGCACCCCACAGUGCCCACGGGUAGCAGGUGGUACUUGUGGCGGGCAGGCCUUGGUUGUGGGCACUAGAGCCCCUUGCAGAGCUGAAACCACGUGAGACCUUUUGAUUUGUCCUGAUAGCCUAUUCACAGGGAUCAUGAGCUCCUCGAGGGCAAAGCUCACAUUUUAAAGUUUAUGUAGCACACCCUCCCCAAAAUGCCUUUCCUCUGUACUUUGAAGGUCCUUGGUAAAUGCGGAUGGAGUGGAAACUGAGCUGUCAUCAUUUAAAAGGCACUUAAGUUCCUCCUCUUCACUUCUCUCUCUGUCCUGAGAAUGGGGAGCUCAGCAACCACUGAAGGUUUAUUUGGUCAGGGUAAGCUGAGCAUAUCUCCCCAAAGAGGGAAGGAGAACCUUCUAUGGGAGUCACGUUUUACGUAGGUACUGACUUUAACGUGGCAAAACAUCCGAGAUGCCACUGUUGUCCCUGAUUCGCAGUGAGUCAACAAAAGUCUACCUUGGCUUGUCCAUGACGAAAGUGGAACCCAGGAUUUUAGCCCUUGGGUCUGCUCACAGGGCCAAUGUCCUCUGCACAGAAGAAGUCUUUUUGUUGUUGUUCAGAAUAUACACAGAAAAACAUAUACCAAUUCAGCUGUUUCUACAUGUCCAGUUCAGUGGCAUUGAUGACAUUCUUCAGGUUCUGCAGCCAUUCUCACCCUCCUUUCCUGAGUUGUUUCUCCCUCGUUAACAUAAACUCACUGCCCUCUAAGCUUCCUAUCUACCGUUUUGAGUUACUGUUUUCACUUGAAUCCCAAAUAGAUCUAAAAAGAACACAAUGCUCAAGCUCUGCAAGGAAGAAUCUUCUUAAACCUUACCCUUUAAAGUUCAGGGUUUAUGGUUCUGGACUGGGGAUGACCAUUUAUAGUGAAACCUUAAGCAGUCAUGCCACCUCAUCUAAUUAGCUAAAAAGGAGGCACGUUGUCACUGGGAGGAAGUUACCCUAUGACACAAACUGUGGGGCACUCGACUGCUAGGUUGGCGGUUCGAACCUACCCAGAGGCAUCUUGGAAGACAGGCCUGGUGAUCUGCUUCCAAAAGGUUGCAGCCUUGAAAACCCUGUGGAGCAUAGUACCGCUCUGCACAUGUGGGGUCGCCAUGAGUCUGAAUCGACUGGAUGGCAACUAACAACAGCAGUUGUUCCUGUGAGAGUGAUUAAUGCUGAGCUAGGCUCAGGAAUGAGAAGGCAUCUGGGCUGUAGUGUGUGUAGCUGUAGCUGGAUUUGAAAGCCAGUAACUAAGCAAGUAUUUUUGUAUUAUUUGUAUAUCAGAUCCCACCCAUGAACAGUAAGGAUAGGAAUGGAGUAUGAGGUGCUCCUUUUCUUUCACGGAAUUUUUACGAUUUCGAUUUUCAAGAAGCCCCUGCCCUAACCCUAAUGAAGGAGUUUUAUAACUACCUUGCUGUUCUUGCGUGUAUUUGCCUACACGCACAGAAACAGUAAACGCAAUAAAACCAUUUGGUCGUUCCUUCAACAAGAAAUAAACCAUUGGGGUGCUAA